AUGUUGAGCUUCGUGACGACUGCUGCAGCACUAGUGGCCUUAACUGUUGCAAACGUGGAUGUGAACCCAGGCACGGAAACUGCCUUUUCUACACUCUCGUGGAACAAGUGGACCAAGUCGACCAAGUUGAACCCAAGGGUACAACAUAUACCACUCACUCCAGAACAGAGCCACUUGCGACCGCCUCCAGCCUUCAUUCCCGCCACUUUCGAAAUGUUCAUCGGCUCUUCCGCCUAUCGAGACGGCUAUCGUUGUGGCAAGACGCUCUUCACUGCAUUCAAGCGAGCUACUUAUCCCGAGCGUCUACACUUUGGAAUUCUGGAACAAGUCUACAAAGGGGAUUCUACCUGCUUGGGUGAAUACUGCAAAUUAGCAGCUGAAGAGUGGCCGGAAGACACGAAUUGCAGAUACAAGUCCCUGAUUACAGUCGAUACAAGGGACGCUGGAGAAUCGGCUGGAUGCACCACGGCACGUCAUCUUCAGCAAAAACUCGUUGGGGACCAAGAAUUCUGUCUGCAGGUUGACGCCCACACUAUUUUCACAAACCGGUGGGACGAGAACAUCGUUGCGGACUGGGCUUCGAUAAACAAUGAGAUGGCUGUCAUGACGAUCUACCCACAUCACCCGCAUGACUUCAUGAUCAAGGAGAAUGGGGACAAUGCAAUCUACAACUCGAUCCCUCAUCUCUGCACGACCGUAAAAGGGGAAACAAGUAAUCUCACACGUAUCGUUGGGGCUAGUAUGAUCAGCGACUCGUGGAUGCCACAAAUGGCAGCUCUGUGGGGUGGCGGCUACUCGUUUAGCAAAUGCCACGCUGAGCGCAAGGUACUUGUUGACUCGCAUACGCCAUGGCUUUGGGAUGGCGAGGAGUUUCUGCGAUCGGCCAACUAUUGGACACACGGCUACGACUUGUACUCCCCGAGUAGACUUGGCAAUGUCUUGUACCACAACUACUCGGAAAAGCCUGCGAGCUUUUGGACUACACCAAUAGAUCCCGUGAAGAAAGGCAUUGAUGCGACAAUGGCUCGCAACCGUGUUCGACUCCGUCUUGGAUUGCCUAUAAAGGGACUCGUUGACACGUAUGAGUUUGAGAAGUAUGGCUUUGGCAAAGUGCGGUCUUUUGAGCAGUACCUCGCGUUUGCAAACAUCUCUCUCGAUGGCUGGAUGAACGAGACCAACUCCUGCGGGCAACUGCAUUGGGUUCCGUAUCAGAAUGCCACAGAAGUGGAAAUGACGGUUGGCCAUGGCUGGAAGCUGCACAGUCAAGGCAAGAAGGAUGGAAUUGCAGGGUCAACGACGAAAGAGACGAAGAAAGCUGAUGGUAUCAAAGUAAAAAAGCACAAACUUCGCGAUACUGUCUCUUUGAUCGAACACGCAGCGUACAUCGCGGGAGAAAAUGCGGGAGCUUUGGAAGCCAAGCUACGUCACGGGGUUCACGGUUUUGGUUUGGUAUAUGUUUUCCCGGCUGGAUUUUUCGUCAUUGUCGUCGCCGCAACGAUGCUCGUGGCUUUUUCCGGCAAUCUCCGGUCGAACGGUAUUCGUCGUCGAUUCUUUUUGUACUCAAAGAGCAAGAUAGCCCGAAACUAUGAGUAG